AUGAAAUGGGCAACAUUGCUUAAGGACAUCAAGGAGAAAGUCGGAUUAGCUCAAUCCUCUGACGCCGCAACCGCCGACGCGUUUCCCGUUGACCUAACUGCUUCCCAGUCUUCUUCCUCUUCUCCAUCUUCUACUUACGCUCCCUCGUCUUCUCUCCGUGACUUGAACUCAUCUCCUUCAAGAGAAAACCAUGAGUUGGAACUGGACUUCAAGAGAUUAUGGGAAGAGUUCCGUUCAUCAAGCUCUGAAAAGGAGAAGGAAGCCGCCUUGAAUCUUACCGUGGAUACAUUUUGUAGAUUAGUGAAGCGACAUGCUAAUGUAGACCAGUUAGUUACCAUGUUAGUAGAAACACAUAUUUUCUCUUUUGUCAUUGGGAGAGCAUUUGUGACUGAUAUUGAUAAGUUGAAGAUCGGCAGCAAGACCAGGUCACUGGAUGUAGAGAUGUUAUUAAAGUUCUUUUCAAAUGUCACCAAGGAGAGAUUUAGUCCUGGUGCAAACCUCUUAACUGCUGUUGAAGUCCUUGUAUCUGGGCCUAUCGACAAACAAUCACUACUGGAUUCUGGGAUAUUCUGUUGUCUAAUACACGUUCUCAGUGCUCUUCUAGCAUAUGAUGAACUCAGCAAAAGUAAAAUAACUGCUGGCUUGGAAGAGGUAUCAGCAGAAAAAGAUGCUGGAUACAGAGCACUCCAGACUAGACGCCUUGAGGUGGAGGGUAGCGUUGUCCAUAUUAUGAAAGCAUUAGCAAGCAAUCCUUCUGCUGCUCAGAGUUUGAUUGAAGAUGACUCUCUUGAGUCGCUUUUCAAUAUGGUUGCCAAUGGCUCCGUUACAGUUUUCUCUCAAUACAAAGAAGGUCUAGUUCCACUCCAUAGCAUACAACUUCACAGACAUGCAAUGCAGAUCCUUGGACUUCUUCUAGUCAAUGACAAUGGGAGCACAGCAAGAUACAUACGCAAACACCAUCUGAUAAAGGUUCUCUUGAUGGCUGUCAAAGAUUUUGAUCCAGGUUGUGGUGACGCAGCCUACACGAUGGGCAUUGUGGACUUGUUACUUGAAUGUGUGGAACUAUCGUACAGACCUGAGGCUGGUGGUGUUAGGCUCAGGGAGGACAUACGUAAUGCACACGGUUACCACUUUCUUGUCCAGUUUGCCCUGAUUCUAUCUUCCUUGCCAAAAAAUCAGACUUUUGUGUCCAGUCGUUCAUCUAUUAAUCAAGAUAGUAGUUCAGAUGGUUCUGAAGUGUUUCCUGAUGAAGAAAAUAAGGGCAGUAGGGAAAAUGCUGAUUUUUCAUCACAAAACUUUUCUCCAUCGUUGUCAAGAUUGCUGGAUGUCCUUGUCACUCUGGCGCAGACUGGUCCAGCUGAGCCAUCUGUAGGUAAAGCCUCACGAUCAUCCCAAACGAAGCCAACUGGCCAUAACAGAAGUCGAACUCCAUCUGUUGAUAGUAUAUAUGAUGAUAUAUGGGAGAACGGAAGUAGUAAAGUUAAAGACCUGGAAGCUGUCCAGAUGCUGCAAGAUAUCUUCCUGAAGGCAGAGAAUAAGGAUCUUCAGGCAGAAGUAUUGAACAGGAUGUUCAAAAUAUUCUCGAGCCACGUGGAAAACUAUAGAUUGUGUCAGGAAUUAAGGACUGUUCCAUUACUUGUCCUCAACAUGGCUGGUUUUCCUUCCUCGCUGCAAGAAAUAAUUCUCAAAAUUCUUGAAUAUGCUGUCACAGUUGUGAAUUGUGUUCCAGAGCAAGAAUUGUUGUCACUCUGUUGCUUAUUGCAACAGCCAAUCACAUCUCAGUUGAAGCACACAAUACUUUCUUUCUUUGUGAAGCUCAUAUCGUUUGAUCAACAAUAUAAGAAAGUCCUACGUGAAGUUGGUGUUUUGGAAGUCUUACAGGAUGAUUUGAAGCAGCACAAGCUUCUCAUGGGUCCAGAUCACUUUAGUGGAGUCUCUAAUCAUGCGGAUCGGAAGCCGAGCUCAGGUAGCUUCAAAAAGCACAUGGAUACUAAAGAUGCCAUCAUUUCAUCACCAAAGUUGAUGGAAUCUGGGUCAGGAAAGUUGCCUGUCUUUGAAGUUGACAACACUAUAACUGUUGGUUGGGAUUGUUUGAUCUCUUUGUUAAAGAAAGCUGAGGCUAAUCAGGCAUCUUUUCGUGCGGCCAAUGGUGUGACGAUUAUUCUUCCUUUCUUGAUAUUUGAUGCUCAUCGAACUGGCGUUUUGCGGGUCUUAUCAUGCCUAAUUACGGAAGACACUAAACAGGUCCAUCAUGAAGAGUUAGGAGCCGUUGUUGAUUUGUUGAAGAGUGGAAUGGUCACUGGUAUUUCUGGCCAUCAAUACAAGCUUCAUGAUGAUGCCAAAUGUGAUACCAUGGGUGCUCUAUGGCGUAUUGUUGGUGUUAAUAGCUCUGCCCAAAGAGUCUUUGGCGAAGCCACUGGUUUUUCUCUUUUAUUGACGACCCUUCAUACUUUUCAAGAGAAAAGAGAGCACAUGGAUGACUCUGAUCUGAUGGUUUACAUCAAAUUGUUUAAAUAUCUAUUUCGCCUUAUGACAGCUGCAGUCUGUGAGAAUGCUGUUAAUAGGAUGAAACUGCACGCUGUUAUAACGUCUCAGACAUUUUAUGAGCUUUUGGUGGAGUCUGGAUUGCUCUGUGUUGAUUUGGAAAGGCAGGUUAUACAGCUGUUGUUAGAACUUGCACUUGAAGUGGUGCUUCCACCAUUUUUGACGUCAGAAUCUACAGCCUCUUCUGCUAUAACAGAGAGUGAAAAGGCAACUUUUAUUGUAACAACCUCAUCGGGCCAGUUCAAUCCUGACAAGGAGAGAAUUUACAAUGCAGGUGCUGUCAGAGUUCUGAUCCGUUCACUGUUGCUCUUUAGUCCAAAAAUGCAGCUAGAAUUUUUGAACCUUCUGGAAACUCUUGCACGUGCCAGUCCUUUUAAUCAGGAAAACCUCACCGCAGUUGGCUGCGUGGAACUUCUGCUGGAAAUAAUUUACCCCUUUCUUCCGGGCUCAUCUCCAUUUCUUUCUUAUGCCUUGAAGAUUGUGGAAAUUCUUGGAGCGUAUAGAUUGUCCCCGUCUGAGCUCCGAAUGCUGUUUAGAUAUGUUUUGCAAAUGAGGAUUAUGAAUUCGGGUCAUGCAAUAGUUGGGAUGAUGGAAAAGUUAAUUUUCAUGGAAGACACAGCCUUGGAACAUCUAUCCAUGGCUCCUUUUGUAGAGAUGGACAUGAGCAAAACUGGUCAUGCUUCUGUUCAGGUGUCCCUGGGAGAAAGAUCUUGGCCUCCUGCUGCUGGUUAUUCAUUUGUUUGUUGGUUUCAGUGUCGUAAUUUCUUAACAACCCAAGGAAAAGAACCAGAAGCCUCCAAAGUUGGCAGUUCAUCAAAGACACGCAUCUCGAGUGCGCAGCAACACGAACAGAACAUUUUCCGGAUGUUUUCUGUUGGUGCUGUAAGCAAUGAGAGUCCAUUCUACGCAGAGCUUUACUUUCAGGAGGAUGGUAUUCUGACCCUUGCCACUAGCAAUUCAAAUUCUCUGUCGUUUUCUGGAUUGGAGAUUGAGGAGGGCAGGUGGCAUCACCUUGCUGUUGUUCAUAGUAAACCGAAUGCUCUUGCUGGACUCUUCCAGGCUAGUGUUGCAAAUGUCUAUCUGGAUGGAAAACUAAGGCACACGGGUAAAUUGGGGUACUCUCCUUCACCUGUUGGAAAAUCUUUGCAAGUAAUAGUUGGUACUCCAGCUACUUGUGCCAGAGUUAGUGAUCUAACAUGGAAAACACGCUCAUGCUAUCUGUUUGAGGAGGUGCUCACAUCAGGUUGCAUUGGUUUCAUGUACAUUCUUGGUAGAGGGUACAAAGGUCUUUUUCAGGAUGCGGAUCUCUUACGUUUUGUUCCUAAUCAAGCUUGUGGUGGGGGGAGCAUGGCUAUCCUGGAUUCACUAGACAGCGACAUGACUUCAUCGGCAAAUGGGCAAAAGUUUGAUGGAAGCAAUAGGCAAGGAGACUCUAAGGCAGAUGGUAGUGGAAUUGUCUGGGAUCUUGAGAGGCUAGGAAAUCUUUCCUUUCAGCUACCUGGCAAGAAACUUAUUUUUGCAUUUGAUGGAUCAUGCUCAGAGUUCAUCCGUGCGUCUGGAAGUUUUUCCCUCCUCAAUCUGGUUGACCCGUUGUCCGCCGCUGCUUCUCCAAUUGGAGGAAUACCACGUUUUGGGCGUCUAGUAGGAAAUGUAUGUAUCUGUAGACAAAGUGUGAUUGGGGAUACUAUCCGCCCCGUGGGAGGAAUGACUGUUGUACUCGCGCUUGUUGAGGCUGCCGAGUCUAGAGAUAUGCUACAUAUGGCUCUUUCAUUGCUUGCUUGUGCGCUUCAUCAAAACCCUCAGAAUGUGAAGGAUAUGCAAACCAUCAGGGGAUAUCAUUUACUAGCUCUUUUUCUGCGUCCCAAAAUGACUCUUUUUGAUAUGCAGUCUUUGGAGAUAUUUUUCCGAAUUGCUGCAUGCGAAGCUUUGUUUUCAGAGCCAAAGAAGUUGGAGAGUGGACAGAGUACUAUUAGUGUGGCACCUACGGAGACAAUAUUCGAAAACAGCUAUGAGGAUCUUGGUCUUUCGAGGUUCCGCUACGAAAGUUCCUCAGUUGGGUCUCAUGGGGAUAUGGAUGACUUUUCUGUUCCGAAGGAUUCUUUCAGUCAUCUCUCUGAGCUAGAAACAGAUAUAACUGUUGAAACUUCAAACUGCAUUGUCUUGUCCAACGCGGAUAUGGUUGAACAUGUCCUCUUAGACUGGACCCUCUGGGUAACAUCCCCUGUUUCCAUCCAGAUUGCUUUACUUGGUUUUCUGGAAAAUCUGGUUUCAAUGCAUUGGUACAGGAAUCACAAUCUUACAAUCCUGCGGAGAAUCAAUCUGGUGGAACAUUUGUUAGUGACACUUCAGAGAGGUGAUGUGGAAGUUCCAGUCCUAGAAAAAUUAGUUGUGCUGCUUGGAUGCAUCUUAGAAGAUGGAUUCCUGACUUCUGAGCUUGAAAACGUGGUUAGGUUUGUGAUUAUGACAUUUAAUCCACCUGAAGUGAAGUCCCGAAGCUCAUUAUUGCGCGAGUCAAUGGGAAAGCAUGUAAUUGUGAGAAACAUGCUUUUGGAAAUGCUCAUUGAUCUCCAGGUAACCAUAAAGGCAGAGGAACUUUUGGAGCUGUGGCAUAAGAUAGUCUCGUCAAAAUUAAUAACAUACUUCCUCGAUGAAGCUGUGCAUCCUACUAGUAUGAGGUGGAUCAUGACCCUUCUUGGUGUUUGUCUUGCUUCUUCUCCAAACUUUUCCCUUAAAUUUCGGACAAGUGGAGGUUAUCAGGGGCUGAUGCGGGUACUUCAAAACUUCUAUGAUUCCCCAGACAUAUAUUACAUAUUGUUCUGCUUGAUCUUUGGGAAACCUGUUUAUCCAAGACUACCGGAGGUUCGGAUGUUAGACUUUCAUGCCAUAGUGCCGAAUGACGGAAGCCAUGUGGAGUUAAAGUUCAUAGAUCUGUUGGAUUCAGUGGUGGCAAUGGCUGGAUCUACUUAUGACAGGUUAAUCAUGCAAUCAAUGCUCGCCCACCAGUCUGGAAAUCUUUCUCAGGUGAGUGCCAGUCUUGUGGCAGAGCUUGUAGAGGGGGCAGAAAUGACUGGGGAGCUUCAAGGGGAAGCUUUGAUGCACAAAACGUAUGCGGCACGUUUGAUGGGUGGCGAAGCAUCAGCUCCUGCUGCUGCAACGUCUGUUCUCCGUUUUAUGGUUGACCUUGCAAAGAUGUGCCCUCAAUUCUCUGCUGCUUGCAGACGAGCAGACUUUGUUGAAAAUUGUUCUGACCUCUACUUUUCCUGCGUGAGGGCUGCUUAUGCUGUGAAGAUGGCGAAACAGCUCUCUGUGAAGGCAGAGGAGAAGCAUAUAAAUGAUGGCGAUGAUAACGGCUCACAAGGAACUCUCUCUAGCUUGCCUCAUGACCAGGAUCGGUCCACUAAAACCUCCAUCAGUGCUGGAAGCUUCCCUCAAGGGCAGGUCAGUCUUAGUUCUGAAGACAUGCCUUUACCUGCAAAUUAUGUGGUUAAUGAUAAGGUGGAGAACAUUCUUACACCACCACCACAGGACUCGAGUAAAUCAUUUCAAGGUGUUGAAGAUGUAAAGAAUCAAGAUAAUAAUCCUCUCGGCCCUGUAUCAGCUUCAAGUGAAAGGGAUUUUCAAGUUCAGGCAACAGACUCUCAGAGUUCUGCAUCUUUCCCUAUGGUCGAGUCUCCCUACUUAUCUGAAAAAUCAAGUCUCAAAGUCUCAUUCACUCCUUCACCAUCUCCGGUUGUUGCACUUGCAUCCUGGCUAGGCUCUAACUAUAGCGAAUCUAAAAGUUCUACGAUCGUUUCUCCUUCUCUUGAAUCGUAUGUCUCGGUUAAUGAAGUUGAUGCAUCUUCAGAACGAAAGUCAGGCUCCCAGGGGUCUUCUGCUGUCAAUGCGUUCUUCACAGUUAGCCCAAAACUUCUCCUCGAAAUAGAUGAAACAGGCUAUGGUGGCGGGCCUUGUUCUGCUGGAGCGAGUGCCGUCUUAGAUUUUAUGGCAGAGGUACUUGCUGACUUAAUGUCUGAACAGAUUAAAGCAGUACCGGUUCUGGAAAGCAUACUGGAAAUGGUUCCUUUCUAUGUUGAUCCGGAAAGUGUGCUGGUUUUUCAAGGCUUAUGCCUUAGCAGAGUCAUGAACUAUCUUGAAAGGCGUCUGUUGCGUGAUGAUGAAGAGGACGAGAAAAAACUGGACAAGGCCAAAUGGUCUGCAAACUUGGAUCCAUUUUGCUGGAUGAUAGUGGACCGUGUUUAUAUGGGUGCUUUUCCUCAUCCCACUGGUGUUCUUAGGGUUCUUGAGUUCUUGUUGUCGAUGCUGCAAUUAGCUAACAAAGAUGGUAAGGUUGAAGAAGUCACUCCCUCAGGGAAAGGUCUGUUAUCCCUAGGAAGAACAACAAGGCAACUUGAUGCCUAUGUGCACUCAAUCCUGAAAAACACAAAUAGAAUGGUACUUUAUUGUUUUCUGCCAUCGUUCUUGAUAAGUAUAGGAGAGGAGGACCUACUAUCACAACUGGGUUUGCUUGUUGAAUCUAAGAAGAGGCCAUCUCAGACACCAGCUGUUGAUGAAUCUGGUAUUGACAUCUCAACAGUUCUUCAAUUGUUGGUCGCAAAUAGGAGAAUCAUAUUCUGCCCAAGCAACCUUGAUACUGAUUUGAAUUGCUGUCUGUGUGUGAAUUUAGUCUCCCUGCUUCUUGACCAGAGAAAGAGUGUGCAAAACAUGUCACUUGAUAUUGUGAAAUAUUUGCUGGUACACCGAAGAUCUGCCCUUGAGGAUUUGCUCGUCACUAAACCAAAUCAAGGACAAAACUAUGAUGUUCUACAUGGAGGUUUUGAUAAGUUGCUGACUGGAAAUCUACCAGAAUUCUUUAAGUGGCUUGAAAGCUCCGAUAAGAUUAUUAACAAAGUACUGGAGCAGUGUGCUGCAAUAAUGUGGGUACAGUACAUAGCUGGCUCGGCGAAAUUUCCUGGUGUCAGGAUAAAAGGCAUGGAAGGUCGUCGGAAGAGAGAGAUGGGGAGAAAAUCACGAGAUAUGUCGAAGUUAGAUCUAAAGCAUUGGGAACAGUUGAAUGAGAGGAGAUAUGCGCUAGAAGUAUUACGUGAUGCCAUGUCUACUGAGCUUAGAGUUGUUCGGCAAAACAAAUAUGGUUGGAUACUUCACGCUGAGAGUGAGUGGCAAACUCAUCUCCAGCAGCUUGUACAUGAGCGUGGAAUAUUCCCAAUGCGUAAAUCAAAAGGGUCUGAAGAUCCCGAAUGGCAGCUCUGUCCGAUUGAAGGUCCAUACAGAAUGCGCAAAAAACUCGAACGAUGUAAGCUAAAAAUUGAUAGCAUUCAAAAUGUUCUUGACGGAAAGUUGGAACUUGGAGAAAUUGAGCUUCCCAAAGCCAAAAAUGAACAGGGAGCAAUUAUUUCUGACACAGAUUCCGAACCAGCUUUCCUGCUCACUGAACUUUACGAUGAGUCGUUUCUAAAAGAGUCUGAUGAUUUUAAAGAUGUCGCUUCUGCCAGAAAUGGAUGGAAUGAUGAUAGAGCUAGUAGUACCAACGAAGCAAGUCUUCACUCUGCUCUUGAUUUUGGUGGCAAAUCUAGUACAGCAUCUGUGCCAGUAACAGACAACACACAUGCAAAAUCUGAGACCGGCUCUCCAAGACAUUCAUCUUUUGCCAAAAUGGAUGAAACUAAAGGCGUGGAGGAAGAAUCAGAGAAGGAACUAAACGAUGAUGGCGAGUAUUUGAUCAGGCCUUAUCUGGAGCAUCUUGAAAAGAUUAGGUUCAGAUACAACUGUGAGAGAGUUGUUGAUCUCGACAAGCAUGAUGGAAUCUUCUUAAUAGGAGAAUUUUGUCUGUAUGUGAUAGAAAACUUUUACAUUGACGAUGAUGGGUGUAUUUGUGAGAAGGAAUGCGAAGAUGAGUUAUCCGUUAUCGAUCAAGCGUUGGGUGUGCUAAAAGAUGCCUCUGGAAGCUUGGAUUUCCAUUCCAAGUCUAGCACAUCAUGGACUACAACAGUGAAAACGGGAGCUGUAGGGGGUAGGGCAUGGGCAUAUGGUGGUGGUGCUUGGGGAAAAGAAAAAGUGUGCAUGAGUGGUAACUUACCCCAUCCUUGGCGUAUGUGGAAGCUUAAUAAUGUUCAUGAAAUUUUAAAACGUGAUUACCAGCUGCGUCCGGUUGCUAUUGAGAUAUUUAGUAUGGAUGGAUGUAAUGAUCUCCUCGUGUUCCACAAGAAAGAGAGGGAAGAAGUUUUUAAAAAUCUGGUUGCCAUGAAUCUUCCUAGGAACAGCAUGCUCGACACAACAAUUUCAGGAUCAGCAAAACAGGAAAGUAAUGAGGGAAGCCGCCUUUUCAAAUUAAUGGCGAAGUCUUUCUCGAAAAGAUGGCAAAAUGGGGAAAUCAGCAACUUCCAUUACCUAAUGCAUCUCAAUACCUUAGCAGGACGUGGAUACAGUGAUCUCACGCAGUAUCCAGUAUUUCCAUGGGUUCUCGCAGAUUAUGAUAGCGAGAGUCUUGAUUUGUCAGAUCCAAAGACAUUCCGCAAGCUUCACAAACCAAUGGGUUGCCAGACACCUGAAGGAGAAGAAGAAUUUCGAAAACGAUAUGAGAGCUGGGAUGAUCCCGAGGUUCCAAAAUUUCAUUAUGGAUCUCACUAUUCAAGUGCUGGCAUUGUUCUGUUUUACCUUAUUCGUCUCCCACCAUUCAGUGCUGAAAAUCAGAAGCUGCAGGGCGGUCAGUUUGAUCAUGCUGAUAGACUUUUCAAUAAUAUUAAAGAUACUUGGCUAAGUGCAGCAGGAAAGGGAAAUACUUCAGACGUAAAAGAACUAAUUCCUGAAUUCUUCUACAUGCCCGAGUUUUUGGAAAAUAGAUUCAGCCUGGAUUUGGGUGAAAAACAGUCAGGAGAGAAGGUUGGUGAUGUCUUUUUACCUCCGUGGGCGAGAGGUAGUGUUCGGGAGUUCAUCCUCAAGCACCGAGAAGCGUUGGAGUCGGAUUAUGUCUCAGAGAAUCUGCAUCAUUGGAUAGAUCUCAUCUUUGGGCACAAACAGAGAGGAAAGGCUGCAGAAGAAGCUGUGAAUGUUUUCUAUCAUUACACAUACGAGGGAAAUGUUGAUAUUGAUGCAGUCACCGAUCCCGCAAUGAAAGCGUCCAUACUAGCGCAGAUUAAUCAUUUUGGGCAAACUCCUAAGCAACUAUUCCAGAAAGCUCAUGUCAAAAGGAGAACAGACAGAAAAAUUCCUCUCCACCCUCUGAAACAUUCGAUGCAUCUAGUUCCUCAUGAAACACGUAAAUGUUCAUCUUCUAUAAGCCAGAUCAUUACUUUCCACGACAAGGUGCUUGUUGCUGGGGCUAACUGUUUCCUGAAACCCAGAGGGUAUACCAAAUACAUAACAUGGGGUUUCCCAGACAGGAGCUUGAGAUUUAUGAGCUAUGAUCAGGACAAACUGCUAUCAACCCAUGAAAAUCUCCAUGAAAGCAACCAGAUCCAGUGUGCUGGUGUUAGUCACGAUGGGCGCAUUGUGGUCACUGGAGCAGAGGAUGGACUAGUGUGCGUGUGGAGGGUAAGCAAGGAUGGUCCACGUGGUUCACGACGUUUGCGGUUAGAGAAAGGCCUAUGUGCCCACACAGCUAAAGUCACAUGUCUACGUGUAAGCCAACCGUACAUGAUGAUAGCAAGCGGGUCAGAUGACUGUACAGUUAUCAUAUGGGAUCUCAGUUCUAUGAGUUUUGUGAGGCAGCUUCCUGACUUCCCAGUUCCCAUAUCAGCAAUCUACAUAAACGACCUCACCGGGGAUAUUGUAACUGCUGCUGGAACUGUCCUUGCAGUUUGGAGCAUCAAUGGGGAUUGCCUUGCUGUGGCUAACACAUCGCAGUUACCAUCUGAUUCGGUAUUGUCUGUAACAGGCUCGACAUCUUCUGACUGGCUUGAAACAGCCUGGUAUGUAACUGGUCAUCAGAGUGGAGCAGUUAAAAUAUGGCGGAUGAUACAUUGUACUGAUCCUGUGAGUAUCGAGAGCAAAACAAGUAGUAGCAACAGAACAGGAGGGCUGAAUUUGGGUGAUCAAGUGCCAGAGUACAAGUUGAUUCUACACAAAGUGUUGAAAUUCCAUAAGCAACCGGUAACAGCUCUCUAUCUCACGAUCGACCUUAAGCAGUUACUGAGCGGUGAUUCAGCUGGACAGUUGCUUUCAUGGACAGUACCGGAUGAAACAUUAAGAGCCUCGCUGAAACAGGCUUCAUUAAAACAAGCUUCAUUGAAACAAGCUUCAUUGAAACAGGCUUCAUAG